CAUUUCUGCAAAUACAGCUGAAUAGCAGUUAAACCUCGCCUUGCAGGGGUAUAUCAGUUAACACGCAGCUGUUGUUGAUAACACCCUGCGGGGGGCCCCCAGCCUGAGUGGCGAGUUUAAGUCUCAAUGCAGCAGUUUUCUUUCCCUUUUCUCUCUUUGUUUUUCUGCCUGUUUUGAACUUCAAUUUUUCAGCUGAUAAAUGGAUCAGUUUGAUCCUAAAGUUGUAGAGGAAGAUGCGAGGGCUAUAGCAGUUUCUUUGUCACCGACUUCUAUUUCUUUUAAGCAAGAAAAGGAGCCCGAUCUGGACAACAAAGAAGACUGCUUGUUGACAAAGGAAGAGGGCAAAGUCUGGUCUGGCAAACACACUACGGAAGAGAAGAGGUCGCUGGCUUUACAACAAGAUAGUGGGAUUCCAUAUAACACAAAAAAAGCAACAGCCUGGGGUGUCAGAGUUUGGGACGAGUGGGCUAAAACUCGAAAUAGCUAUGUCAUGGAGCAAGGUGUCCAGCGUAAUGAACUCUUCCUUUACGUGCCCGAACUCUGCUAUGAAAUCACCCAUGAUGAACUGAAUUUCUGGCUAAGCAGAUUUGUGCUUGAAGUUCGGAGACAAGACGGCUCAGAAUACCCACCCAAUUCUCUCCGUCUCCUGUGCUGCUCAAUCCUGCGACACCUGCGGGAAAACUGCAGGCGCAGCGACAUUGAUUUCUUCAACAAGCUGAAGCUGGACUUUGCUGAAUUCCGGGCUACCCUUGACGAUCGGAUGAAGCAACUCCAGCGACUCGGAAUUGGGCUGGUAAGGAAGCAGGCCCAACCGUACACUGAGGAUGAUGAGGAGAGGUUGUGGCAGGUGGUCUUCCAUCUACGAGAUGCAAAGAGCUACAGUUAUGCUGUCUACUUCUAUGUGUGCAAAGUCUUUUCCCUAUGUGCUGCUAAGGAUCACCAUAAACUAACAGUUGACCAGUUCGAGUUUGGAUGUGACAUGAUCGGUGAAUAUGUGGAGUUUACUGGCAGGCCAAGCAAUCCUCAGGACAGCCUUGACAAGUUGAAAAUUGUACAGACGAGACAGUACGCAGAUUCCCUGAAUCCAAGGUGCAUAGUUUCACUGCUGCGACGCUACCUCAAUAUGAUUCCCCCACAAGGCCCGUUUUACCGCCGCCCUGUACCUGGUACCAUGCAGUUCUCUGAGCAGGCAAUAGGAGUUCACACUUUGGAGCGAUUUUCUAAAGAGAUAUGUGAAGCUGCAGGAAUUUCAGGGCACCAUACUGGACAUUCUGGAAGGGUCAGCAGUGCAGCAACCCUCUACAACCGUGGGUUUGACGAGCAGUCAAUUAAAGAACGCACAGGGCCUACAGGCAUUUUGGCAAAAGGCUACAGGAGAGCUUCUCCUGCUCAGAUGAAGGCAAUGUCAGAUUGCCUGCAGCCUCCUAAUCCACUGAAGAAGAUGUCAGCUUGUUCGCCUUCAUCAUCAUCCUCAUCUGAUGACCGUAGUUCUUCGCCAGAUGAAGGCCCAAGCAAUAUCAUCAUCAUAUCUGAAGAUGGGACUGAUCAUUCACAAGAAGCUACAACUAUAUUCAGCAGGCCUGAGGUGAUGAUCACAGAACAGGACGGCAUACUGAAGAUUGAAAUGCCAUCUAGGACCUCACCACUGAUGCCCUUGACUUCACACCAAACAAUUACAAAGUUAAAAAUAGUGAAAGGAGACAUCGUACUAGAAUUAAAUUUAUAAGUGUGCCAAGCAAUGUAAAUUUCAAGUCCAGUAUUGCACAAUACAGAUUACACACAUUCACGUUAGUAUCAGAUGGCUCUGACAAAUGGUCAUUGACCUAAAAUGUUCUCUCCUUACAAGAGUACCGGACAGGCUGAGACUUUCCACCAUUUUUUAAACUUUUAUUUCAGGUUUCCAUCUUUUGCAGUACUUUGUUUUCGUAUUAACACAAUGGUGCUGUUUUAUGCCUUUUCCUUCGCUCAAAAAUGAACUCACUUUUGCAAGGUUGGAGUUCAGUUGUCAAGUGACCAAUCUUCCUGGGACUCGACUGUUUCAACAAUUUGUUCAAUUUGGGAAAACAAUAUUUCCUCACAAACAUUCAAGUAUAAUUUCUAGCUGGAAUCUCUGGACACUGAUAAGAGCAGGAACCCAAGCUAAUUUCCCCUUUUCUAGACCAAGGUGUGAAGGCAGAAAUGUCUUGAUUGUUACCAUAGUUGAGGUCAACUAGUUCAAUUCAGAAUUGGAAUCAAAAUUAGAGUGUUUGAGAAUUGUGCAGCUCAAUGAUAGACCUGUUUUACAGUUACUGAGUACCAGAGAAACGUGAUCUGCUUUAAAACGCCAUGAAUAUCCCCAUACCAUGUGCACUGACUCAUUAAUCAGAGAAUCAUAGAAUCCUUACAGUAUGGAAGCAGGCCAUUUGGCCUAUUGAGUCCAUACCGACCCUCCAAAGAGCAUCCCAACCAGAUCCAACCUCCACCCUAUCCCUGUAACACUGCAUUUCUCAAUAUAAAUUCACCCAGCCUGCACAUCUCUGUACACCAUGGGCAAUUUAGCGUGGUCAAUUCACCUAGACUGGACAUCUUUGGACUGUUGAAGGGAACUAGAGGACCCAGAGGAAAUCAUGCAAACACAGGGAGAAUGUGCAAACGCCAGACAUUACCUUGGGCAUGGAAUUGCAAUUGGGUGUCUGGUGCGAUGAGGCAGCAGUACUAACCACUGAGCCACCAUGCUGCCCAUACUAAUAUUUUAGCAUGAACAGCCUUGUUCUUGUACUUCAGUCAGUGCCUAAUUCUGAUUUGUUACCAGCAUCCCAGGAGUUGGUAGCUUGGCCUGAACUACUUCAGAUCACGAGAAUAUAACUAGAUGGUGCAAUGGGGCUAAACAAUAUUUCAAUAUUGAAUCCGGCCCCUUUUUCUGUUGGUCAUAAAUAAAAAUCACAAAGGAAUUGAUCUGGAGAAUAUGCAUCAAUCCAAGUUAUUGGGCAUACAGGAAAAAAAAUGCCAAAUUUAACACUAAACUGGCAAUGUCACAAGGCCAAACCACAACAGUUUGCAAUUGGAAAGCAAACCGUCCCACACUGAUAUAAUCUCAGGAAUUUUCGCAAAGGUUAAUUGUUAAGGCAAAAAAAAAUUGCAACUUUCUCUUUUGGUUUGGGAAUGUUUGACUAGACAGUGUGUGAAAUUUACAUACACCUAUCCUAUGCUGUCCUUUACCCUCAAGAGUUCCAUGUGGACAAAUGCUGAGAUAUCUAUUGUGCAUCCAACCUGUAUCUGUUUAAUCUAAUGUAUCUGUUUAAAUAUAAAAGUUUUCAUAAAAUUGUAGCCCACCAGAGUUAUACAAGGCAGGAUCAUUGUUGUGGACGUUUGCCAUUGUAAAUAAAUAUUAGACUAAUAUUGAUGUGUCUCUAAAAGAGGUCAGGCUGUUUCAAGUAACCAAUAAAUUGAACCAGAAAGGAAUUAUUCUGUAAUUAAACAAUGAUUUCCUGUAGCUUCAUUUCCUUAUAUUUCAGAUACUGUUCAAACUCUGU